CCUUCUAACAGGCGCCUGAUGGAAUAAUUGUUUCAUGUUUACCCCAAUGUUUAUUCAGAUUGUCUUUAAAGUAUGUGAUAUUAAUUUUGUCGUGUUUCUCUUAGUGCAAAAUGUGUUGCAUUUAUAAUUCUAUGCAAUAAAAACCGCGAUCUUGAAUUUUUUUAACGUGCCAUACACGAAAUCGAGCGAAACGCAAGUGUCGAGAAACACAAAUUGAAAAUAUAGGUUAUUUUGUAUAUAAAUCUCCUUUAAGUUAUUUAACAUGAAUUUACUCGUAUUGUCCACAUUGAGUUGCAUUCUGGAUCACGUUAUACCUUUUUUCAUUAAAUUUAUUAUAUCAUACAUGUUUGUGGAACAAAAAGACUACAUUGAGUUACAAAAUGAAUUAAGCAAUUUGAAAAAGGAAAUGGCAGGACUCUCCAUGGUGGAUGAGUUUGCCAAGUAUGCCAAACUUCAACGCAAGUGCAAUCAAGUGGAAAAUAUCUUGAAGGAAAACAAAAAUCAAAGGUUGAGCUCGAGGCUGAAACUGCAGAUGUCGUUAACUUAUACCUUUCGUGUACUAAACGGUGUGUUAAUCUUGUUCCUUUUGUUUAUGUAUAAGAAAGAGCCAGUAAUUAUUCUGUCAGAAGGCAUGUUAUGGCCAAUCCAAGAUUUUCUCAGUUGGCCAAGUCAACACGAUAAUGCUAUUUCUUUAGCAGUGUGGGUUGUAAUUGCUCGGUUAGGAAUAUUUGCAUGCAAAAAUCUCCACUUGUGAUUUAAUAAGGUGUUUUGUGUAAAUAUUUUACUUUAUUUAUAAUUUAUUAUAAAUUCUACAUUGAAUAAACAAAACGUUUCCAAAUGC